UGGAUCCUAAUACUUGCCCAAGGUACCAGACGCCCACCGACCCUUGGUCCCGAACAUCCAAUUCAGAGUUACCGAGCUCAACCCCGCCGCUCUCCGGGUCGACUGCCGGCAUCUUAACUCCAGCCAGCUAUUUCUUUCGUGGCUUGUCGUUGGGACGCGGCUCAAAUUGAAGUGCGGAGAGACUUGACGUGGCUACCGAUCCGAGAGGCUGGGCCGGGUAUAUUCUCAAGAGCGGGAUAUCACGGGAAGAAGGGCUGCUUGGCUAAAGGGACUGGGUCGACGACGGAAUCUACGAUAUAUCUCGGUCGCGGAACUCGAUUCCCCGGAAAGGUGCAUCGGCUCGCGAUCAGAAACCAUGCAUCAUGACCAGUUGUUCCCGCGGUGCUGCCCGAUGCAGACGUCAGACCAGUUCGCCAGGUUUCAACGGCUCCCCCCUGAGAUCCGGAACAUGAUCUGGGAGUUCGCUUUGCCGGAGCCAAGGGUGUACGAGGUCUUGGAUGCGCCCAAUGCGAAGCAGAAGACACCGGCUCAAGAAGGGUUGAUGUUUGCGAACAUGCACCCAGAACCUCCGCCAGCGCUCGCGGCCGUGUGUCGGGAAAGUCGGUACUUUGUCUUACACCACUACAAGCCCCUGACACUGGGAAAGACGACCAAAUUCGUCGACAUGUCGCGGGAUAUCCUACUUUUGGAGCCAUACCUGCUCGUUAAGCGGUUACACCGGACGCUGCAUUUUAUGAGCCAGAUCCCGCUGGUGCGGGAGAACGCAACCCGCCUUGCGCUCGGAACGUCAUACGGAAUCUACCCUGGCAUCUUCCACCCCGUUCUAGGCCGAAAGGUAUCCAAAAACAACAUGAGCAAGCUGCUGGGUAGCCUGGCUAAGUUCCCGCGGCUUCGAACGCUCAUCUUUGUGGUCCACCAAGAGUUCCAGUUCGAAUUUGACUUUCGGUUUCCGGGGACAUUGACACCAAUGCCCCUACCACCGGCGACAGCGUCAACUUCUGCUGGGCUAGGGCCUUUGUAUAGAACUACAUCCGAUACUAUCGUUCACCCUUCGCCACCCGCUGGCAAUGGCCCCCCUUUAAACAACCGCCCUCCUCCUCAUUGCCCUCCCACGGCGGCCCCGACGACAAUACGAAAUGGACUACCUUCCCCGGCGAACAGCACAACCACCUCCCCUUUGCCACCGCCGUCCCUACCGCUCCCAUCAUUCUCAGCUCUCUCGCAACAACAAUCACCCCCGCCGCCACCACCACUACCUUUACAAAUUCAACCGGCACACAUACAACAACUACGACUCCCACCAUCUCCGCAAAACCCACAACAACAACAAAACCAGCACCAUCAGCACCAGCAACAACCGCACGCAACCCUCCAACCGAUGACCACCCCGACCACAACCACAACCACAACUUCGACAACUCCAACCCCGACCCCGGCCCCGCGGCAGCAGCAGGUGCAUCAGGCGUACCGGUUCAAGUUUGACAUUGAGGCCAACAUCAACUCGCCGCCGCGGCGGCCCCACUCCAACGAGUUCCUGUACUACCCGCUGCCGGACGCGCGGGCGCAGGAGCGCGACGAGUUCGAUGAGUAUGAGUGCUAUGUUAACGGGUCGCGGGGCGGGGCUUCUUCUCUGGGGUCGGGGUCGGGUUUGGGGUUAGGGGGUGGGACUGGGUUUAGUGGUAUCGGGGAAGGGAGUAGGUGGGAUUGUUCUAUUGGGAACGUGGGCGUUGGGAGUGGAGAUGCUAGUGAUGGGGAGGAGGAAGGCGAGUGGUGCGAUCCGUGGCCGACCAACGACGACUGGCGGCGGUUUAGGCGGCGCUGGGUUCGGGGCAUGGUCGCGGCUUGCUUGCCGGCUGGGGGUGCUGACGAGGAGACUCGGGACGGGCAUGCCGGGGAGGAGGGGGGUGUGUUUCGGGGCGCGGCUGCUGGGAAGGCAUGUGCUGCUGGUGGUGGUGGUGGUGGUGGUGGUGGUGGUGGUGGUGGUGGAAUGGGACCUGCGGGCAAAGGGGCUGGCGAGAGGAUAUGCUUGCCAAAGUGGAAGCUGAAAGGAGCAAGUUUGUUGUGGAGGUAUACACGGGGUGUUGGCGGCGUGCAGUAGGUAGGUCGGUCUACGGGGAUGGGACGCAUUUCUUGUCUUGUGAGCGUUGCUCUUUGUGGUUCAUGGCACGGCGCGGUCAAGAUACGGUCACUUCUGGCUUCUGGGUUGCGGGCACGGACAAAAGGGAAACAAAAAGCCUGUCACUCUUGUUGGGCAUGG